AAUGUGUUGGUCGUGAUUGUUUUCUUGGUUAAAACAUAGUGGAAAGUGUUCUUGAAAGCUGUUGGCUGCAAGAAGUUUUUGCACGAAUUACUAUUAACUCAAUCUAUCUACCUAGUUUCACUAAUAUUGAAGCUAAUCGGUCUUGAACCUUGAUGGAUGAUUACUUGCGGUAGCAUAGCAGCGAGGUAAUUACUGCACUUGGAAGCAGCUGUGGCAGGUGCUAUGGAGAUCCGAAGCUGAUACGUCUAGCGAAUAAUAAGUGCGUUAAAGUGCAAGCUAAUUGAGUCAUAACAUAGGUAGAUUAGCCUUCCAAACAGUAGCGCAAUCUAUCAGUGUUGAAGUGAACGGAAGCACGGGAAAGAAAUCAAAUAUCGAUCGCUUCCUGGUUGGAUGUCAGGAUAAAUAAAAAAAAGAAGUGUUGUUUAGUGAAGCCUUGAGAAGAGCGAAGAAAAUCGAUAUAGCAUCACGUCAAGCACGGGAGAUGCCAGUGAGGAUGGAAUCGUCUUCGGUUGCCAUGGUUAUGACGUCACGUGGUCUUUCGGGUUCCAGUCCCGGGAAGCAACCAAAGCAGCUGUCGGAAGAUUACGCCGGUGGUAUCAGUGACAGUCGAUUCGACAAUAGUCUUAGUCCAAACGCGAUCGGUGUGGACCUGUCUCGAUCGCCUUCGGUUGGGGAGACCUUCGUUUCGGCAGCCACUGAUGGACCACUUUCGUCGUCAGACUCGGAUUCAGACUCCAGUGAUGAUUAUAUUGAACGGGAUCAACUGGGACGGAUUGGGGCCGUGGGGUCUCCAUCCUCGAACAGUAAUCACAAUUCGGCAACCGCAUUCGACCGGGUACCGUCACUACCGUUGGAGAACAACGUCGGUGCGAUUCGUCCCCUGUCGCCGGGUGAAGGCCCUUCGGGAUCCACCUCCAUCUCGAUGUCGAUUGGAUCGAUGGGUGAUGAUUCUGGAGAGGGACGCCCUAGUGAACCUAGUAUCUUGGUCAAAGUCAUCCCGGAGAAGAAAGGGCUCUUCAUGAAGUACUCUGAAUAUGAGGUCAAAUCGAAGGCCUACGAUACGGUGGUACGAAGACGCUACAGGGACUUUGUUAUACUGUACACUUACCUUAUGGAGCGAUACCCGUACAGAAUGAUCCCCAUCCUUCCACCGAAGCAACUGAUGCUGGAUUCCUUGAUCGAAGAACGCCGCCAUGGCCUUCAAACGUGGCUCACCGUCGUCUCGAUGCAUCCCGUCCUCGGCUGCUCGCCCAUCCUGGUAACCUUCCUGAGCGACAAAACUGCCGACUAUCAGUACCGGAUGCGUGUCAUGUACGAGAAACAGCUGGACGAAUUCAGCCGCCUGCGGGAAGACGUCGAUCUACCCUUGGAGGAUGAGGAAAAGCUGAUCGCCAGUCGGGAUCGACUGCGAAAAAUCCUCUAUUCCCUUCACAGGCUGCGCAACAUCUUCGACGAGCAGGCAUUUCGUGCCGAACAGCAGGCCCGUGAUAUGGCCGAGGUCGAUAUGAUCCUGCAAGGUCUCGAGGUGCGAGACGUGUUCGGAGGCGAACGUACCUUCGAUACCAUCUCCCAAAGUGCACAAGCAGCGGCACGGCAAUCCGAGCGCUACGUGCAAUUGCAGCGCAAUGUCGUCAACGAGAGGAUACACGUGCUCAUGGAUCUGCUCGCUGCGCACAACGAUCUUUGCGAACGCGUGGAGAAAGGAAUCUUUGCCGAAUACCAGAAAGCUCUCUCGAAAACGCUCGGCAUCAGCCGGAUCCGGCUGAGAAAUUCCGUCCGGGGCACUGCGUCGGACAACGGGUCCACCCCAGCUCAGCGGGAACUAGCUCAGGCUCCGCCUGCACAAUCCGGUGAAAUUCCAGACGCUCUCGUCGGUCGCAAGUGUGCCUUUGCCAUGCAGUGCGUUCGCAGCGAGACGGCCCUUGCGGAACAGUAUCUCCAAUCCUUGCCGGCCAUACUGCUCUCCUAUGCCAACGAAGAAUCCCAAUACCACAGCAAGGUAACCGAUAUCGAGUACAUUCGAGCGAACCGUUGGAAAUAUUUCAUAAAUUUUUCUUUCGCUGCAGAUGUCGAAGAUUUGGCAUCAGCUAGUAGCUAACGAAUCUGCUUCCAAAUUGUGCUAGGGAUUUUUUAAACUGCUAGAACUAGCUAGGGUUAUUUUAGCUUUAGAGGGGGGUAGGUGAUAGAAGCUUAAUGCAUGUGUUAAAAGUCUGUGAAAUAUCUCGACAGGUUUUGUGAGUAUAAUAAUUUAAGAUGGGAAAACUGUGCACUGGCAGUAACGUUCCCGCCAGCGAAAGCCUAGCGACUAAUUGUAAUUUUCAUACCUUAUAUUUAGAUCGAACAUAGACAGCUUC